AUGGCAUCACAAGAAGCACAAGAAGUUGUGGGCAAGGCCAAGGUGGCGUUGACUUCAGCGCUGAUCCGCGCGCACGCUCCGCCUGCCAGAGGCCUCGCUGAACUUAACGAGAUACUCAAGUUCCUCGAUGCCACCUUCACGCAGGGCUCGCCUACCAACAUCCAGAAAUGCAAGCAGUGGGCGCUCCGCGUUGUUGUUAACUCGCCUGAGCUCGUCGCGCUUUUCUGCAAAUACCUGGCUGCCUUGGCUAGCUCGUUUGCAUCAGAGAAAGGCGGCGGUGCUGCUCGUGUAGCCGAGCCACAGCCGCAGUCAGGCCGGGUGCGUCAGCCUUCAGCAAAGCGGAGAUGUCUCUCGCUUCUGUACAUCUUGAACGACAUUCUUUACCACACCAAGGUCCGCAUGAGCGAUGAAUCGUUCGCCAAGAAUCUGGAGAGCCUUGGUCCAGUCAUUCCGUCCCUUUUCAGCAGCACCUCGUCCUUUGCAAAGUGCCCAAAGCAUGUGGCUAAGAUCAAGGCCUUGAUCGGGCUCUGGGAGCAGGGAAAGUAUUUCUCCGACGCCUUUAUUGCAGAGCUUCGGGCUGCACUUGACAGUCCGUUGUCUGGGCAGCAUGAUCUCAGCAGCGAAGGGACAGCCGUGGCCAAGGCCGCCAAAACCUCCAAUUUCGUUUUCCCCUCCACACAUGGAGACCUGUCCACGCCGUGGUUCGAUCUGCCUGCCGGCAACAUGAUUAGCUUGCUCAGACAACGGCCAAACAGGCCUAUGAACCCAUCAGACAUCAAGGCAACCGUGCUUCCAACAGGCCCACCCCCAGGAGAUCUUGUAGACGCGGUCAAGAAACUUCUUGUCGAUGUGGAUAAAAUCUACGAAACUGAGGUCAAUGUCAACGAGACCCGGCCCGACAUUAACCAGAUGGGCGAAGAAUUUCGAAAUGAUGAGACGGCCGGAUCUACAGUUGGAGACACGUACUAUGGCUGGUCCCGAAACUUUUGCGAGCAGAUGAAGGCUCGGGCACGAGGC